AUGGACAGCAUCCGCCGGUGGUACAACUGCACCAUUCAGCAGGAGGACAGCAUCCGCCGGUUGUAUGACCGCGUCCACUGGUGGGACAAGGCAUCCGCCGGUGGCACGAGCGGAUUCGAAAUAGUAAUGAACAACGCGAUCAUGCCACCGGUGGACGCGGUCAUACCACCGGCAAAUGCUGUCCUGCUGAAUGGCGCAGUUGUACCACCGGCGGAUGCUGUAUUCUAUUGUUGGACACGUGAUGCUGCUCUAAGUGUUGCAAACAAAAUAACUGGGGUUGAUUCUGCAGCAGAUGAGGUUAAAGUUUGUACAGCUGCACUCCGUCUCUUUCUCCAAAUUCUGAAUUGGGAAUUCUGAUGCGACUCAAAUGGCAAAAAAGGGGUGAAUGUUUUCUCAAGUGGAAUUAGACAUGAUACUCCAUUGUCCAGCAGGACCGAGUGCAUCUUAGUGCAGCCUGGUCCUGGAUGGCGUGACAUCUUAAUUUCUAGCAGAGAUAUUGUUUGGCCGUUGAACUUAUACACAGCUCUCAGAUGGAAGUUUUACCAUGAAGGUUUUUCGAUAGACUGCCCAAUUGCAGUUUCUACUCGAAAGCUUAUUCUGCAGUACUGUUGUUUGACCGGCACGAUAUUUCCUUCAGACAAUGGACAACUGCAGGAGCAUCAUCUGCUACAACUGCUUUCAGGGAUUAUACCAUGGAUAGACCCACCAGAUCUUGUUUCAAAACAGAUUGAAUGUGGAACGAGUGAAAGUGAGAUGCUCGAUGGUUGCCGGGCAUUGUUGGCUAUGGCAACUGUAACGAGCCCAACUAUGUUUAAUCAACUCCUUAAAUCAAUUAGGCCAUUUAGUACCUUUACCCUGUCAUCUACCUUGAUGUGUGAAGUCAUAAAAGUCCUCAUGACGAAGGACCCCGAUGAGGAAACAUGGAGCUGGGAGGCGCGUGAUAUCUUACUAGAUACCUGGACUGCGCUGCUCAUGCCGCUGGGUAGUGCUGCUGGGAUUGUACUGCUUCCACCUGAAGGUGUUGAUGCUGCAGCCACCCUCUUCGCAUACAUUGUAGAGUCUGAGUUAAAAGCUGCUUCUGCUUCUGCGUUCAAUGACGAUUCUGACUCAGACUAUAUUCACACUUCCAUUUCUGCAAUGGAUGAAAAGCUAAGCUCUUAUGCUCUUAUUGGAAGAGCCACUAUUGAUUUUGCAAUACCUUUGCUCACAAGACAUUGCACUGAAUGGUUUUCACGUCUACAUCAGGGCGGGGGCUCUUUCGAUCCAACCAAGACCUUCGAAGAACUCUAUUCUUUGUUGCUAAUAACGGGUCAUGUACUUGCCGACGAAGGCAAAGGAGAGACGCCCCUGGUUCCAAUUGCUAUACAAAGGCAUUUUGCGGACUUUGUGGAACCAGAUAAUAAUCCCGUUGUCAUCCUUUGUAGCUCAAUCAUCGGGUUUGCUGAACAAAGCUUGAAUCCGGAAAGUAGAUCAUCAUUUUUCAGUCCUCGACUAAUGGAGCUACAUCUCAAGUUCAUCCCCAGUUAAUUUGGGUGCUGUUUGUUCCUAUUUACAUAUAGAAAGAGAUCUUCACUGGGAGUAAGUUGGUAUUUUAUUUAACAAUUACUUUAGGAUGUUGUACAAGAGUUUCCUAUCAGUCCAAAAAUGCAAUUAGUAAUAUAAGCCACGCAUCUACAAAAGCUAUCUAUUUUGACCCUUCUCCAGAAGAUUUUGGCAGUAGAUACAUAGAGAAAUUGCAUGUCAUCAUUUCUAUUGUCACAUAUAGCACUCUUCAUUGCAUUCUUUUUCAUUCAAUAAACUACACAUUGUUGGCAUGCUUGAACUUGUCUGGGCUUUUCACUUCGCACUAGCGUUGCUCUUGAUUUAUGUAUUGAAGCAAAUGCCUUUUUUAGGCUAUAAUAUGGUUCCUUGCGAGAUGGUCCCAAACUUAUCUAAUGUCACCGGAAGAAUCUCAAGACAGCAGUUACAGUUCAAAAGUUGAUAAUAUGCACCAAGUUCAGUCAAUUGGUUCUGGGCGAGAACUGUACUCAGAUAUUUCAAUUCAUACUUUGACUAAUUUAUUGAAGUUAGUUAUGUAUGAGUCUAAUUAAAAUAUAAGUCAUACUAUUUCCAAAGAGCUCUUGGUACUCAAAACAGUUAUGAAAAUAGGUAUCAGUCCUCUUCGAUCUUUACUACUCUUUUCUCUCUCCCUCUUUGAUUGCACUAUCAUGACUAGCCCUCCUCUGUGAUCCCCACUGAUCCACAUC